GUACGGUCUGGGGAGGGUGUGUGUACGCGGACCCUACGCCUACUCCAAAGUAAAUAGGCUGUUUCCAAAGAGACCCGCGGCUAAGCAUCGAAAGUUGCAUUGAUGGACUAACAGGUUUGGUGCUAUAUAAUCUUAGCAAACCUGUAAUUAGUAGGGUUUCUUGGUUCCAUUUAUUAUGGGUUUACUUUAGCAAAGCUCAUUGGCUUCAAAUUGUUUGAGGUAAUGUCCAUGAAUCUCCCUCCUGAUCCUAUAGGGACACAAACUGCACCAAGAAAAGUUAGCAAAGCUGAGUUGGGAAAUGUUGCAGGAAUGGCUGCAACUGCAACGGGUAGUGGUGGGAAGUUUGAUAAGAAUUUCCCAGGAGAAAAGGCCCCCGAGCACGAAAAGAAGCAUUGCAAGUUCUUACCGGUUGCAGAAGGAUCAGGAAUGGGCUCUCUCCAAAGACAGCAAACUGACAAAGUUCUGAACAAACUAAUAUCAAAGAACUCACAUGAAAUACUCAAUGUCAAAAAGGCGGUGAACAUGUACACUGCGAGACAGAAGAAGGGGGGAGGGAAAGCAAAGGAUUGUUGUAAACUUAUAAGCAAAGGAUUCUUUUCCCCAUCUUUUUAUUCUGAAUUCAUUGGUAAAGAUCCAAUCUUUACUGAUUUGAAGAGUAGAGCUGAUUUCCCCAUAUUCUUCUCUAAAUUCAUUGACAAAGAUCCAAUCUUUACUGACUUGCAGAAUAAAGCCAAUUUCCAUGGCUAUAUCUCCUCUAUUCUUAAUUAUGUUUGCUCCAUCUCCAUUCCUUUUGCGGCCGUGAGCAUUCCGGUGGCAAUACGGCAUUUCAACCGAAAAGCCCAAUUGGAGUGCUGGAGAUUUACACCAUCUGGGCCUAUUAGCUCUCUCAAGCACUCCAAUUGGGCUUCUCAGUUGAAAUGCCGUAUUGCCACCGGAAUGCUCACGACCGCAGAAAAAAACUAAAGAGAAAAAGGCAGGAGAGAGAUGAACAACCAUACCUUGGCUUGAGAUGUGUGAUCCAAUUCUGAUCAAAAAAUACGAUUCAAAUCAAGCAUAAACUCUCAGUAAUGAGUCUGAUUCAAACAGUAUUUUUUUAUUCAAAUUGGAAUUGAAAAGUCCAACAGGAAUGGAGAUGGAGUGAACAUAAUUAAGAAUAGAGGAGAUAUAGCCAUGGAAAUUGGCUCUACUAUGCAAGUCAGUAAAGAUUGGAUCUUUGU